AUGACAGAAGAAAGAGAAUUCAUUGUGUUAAAGGACAACAUGGAACAUCACCUGAGGUUAGACCUUCCUGAAAAUUGUUAUCUUCAUCGUGGCAAACAGACAUUCAGCUUGGAGGAGAUCUGUCUUGACCAGAGCGUGCAGAUCCCCACUGAUGCUCACUGUGGCAUCGGGAUUAUACCUGAGUCUCAGCACGGAAGUGACAUUCAGCUGUGUCCACUGAGAAGCAUCAAUAGGGGCCCAUAUGGCGCUGUUCUGGAUUCCCGUCGAAACUUUAAGGGAAACUUUCACAACAUCCAGAGCCCUGAUGUCCUGCAAAUGAAGGAGGAUGACUUUAAAUUCCUUGCAGCAAGAACCCACUUAGGUGGCACCAACCUUGACUUCCAAAUGGAACAGUACAUCUACAAAAGGAAAGGCGAUGGCAUCUACAUCAUAAAUCUGAAGAGGACCUGGGAGAAGCUUCUGUUGGCAGCUUGUGCCGUUGUUGCCAUUGAAAACCCUGCUGAUGUCAGUGACAUAUCCUCCAGGAAUACUGGCCAGAGAGCUGUGCGGAAGUUUGCUGCUGCCACUAGAGCCACUCCUGUUGCUGGCCGCCUCACUCCCAGAACAUCCACUAACCAGAUCCAGGCAGCAUUCCAGGAGCUGCACCUUCUGGUGGUUACCAAUCCCAGGGCUGACCACCAGCCUCUCACAGAGGCACAGUACGUUAACCUGCCCACCAUUGCUCUGUGUGACACAGAUUCUCCUCUGCGUUACGUGGACAUCCCAUGCAACAACAAGGGAGCUCACUCAGUGGGUUUGAUGUGGUGGAUGCUGGCCUGGGAAGUUCUCCCCAUGUGUGGCACCAUUUCCCGUGGACACCUGUGGGAGGUCACACCUGAUCUCUGCUUCUACAGAGAUCCUGAAGAGACUGAAAUGGAAGACCAGGCUGUUGCUGAGAAAGCUGUGACCAAAGAGGAAUUUCAGGGUGAAUGGACUGCUGCAGCUCCUGAGUGCACUGCUACUCAGUCUGAGGUUGCAGACUGGUCUGAAGGCCUGCAGAACUCUGUGCCUGUUCAGCAGGUCCCCACUGAAGACUGGGGUUCUCAGCCUGCCACGGAAGACUGGUCUGCAGCUCCCACUGCUCAGGCCACUGAAGAGGUAGGAACAACCACUGAGUAG